AUGCCGCGCCACCAGAGCGCAGGCUGGCUGACGCCGGCGGCGCACCACGAAGGCGCCUCCUCAUCGUCGCCCUUGGCCGACGCCGCGCGCGAGACGAGCCCGCUGCUGCAGGCAGGCGCACACAGCGGCUACGGCGGCACCGCCACCGCCAGCAUCAGCACGGGCGCCAGCACGGGCAAUGGCCACCACAACCAUACUGUGCACCGCAGGCCCAGCCUGGUCGGUGGAGCAGCCAGUGGCUGGGACCGCACGGCGCCCGGCCUGCCGGGCCAGGAGACGCUCGACGAGCUCGCCCACGAGGCCGCGCAGCAGCCGGGCCCGCGCCGCGAGCUGGCUGUGCUGCUCGCAUACAGCGCACCCAUCUGGGCCACACACGUGCUCGAGCUCUCGCUCAACGUCGUCAGUGUCUUUAGUCUUGGCCACCUGGGCACCACGGAGCUUGCCGCCGCGAGCCUGUCGUCGAUGACGGCCAACGUCACCGGCUUCUCCGUCCUCAGCGGCUUCAUCUCUGCCCUCGACUCGGUCCUGCCGGCCGCCUACUCGCACGCACCCAAGACCGUCGGCCUCUGGACGCAGCGUGCCGCCGUCAUCUCGGCCGUGCUCCUCGUCCCCAUCUCGGCCAUCUGGCUCGCCUCGGAGCAGAUCCUCGGCCUGCUGGGCCAGGAGGAGCAGGUCGCCGCCCUCGCCAGCCUCUACCUGCGCAUCCUCGUCCUCGGCCUGCCCGGCUACGCGUGCUUUGAAAUCUGCCGGCGCUACCUCCAGGCCCAGGGCCUCAUGCAUGCGCCCACCGUCGUCCUCUUUGUCGCCAGCCCGCUCAACGCCGUGCUCAACUACCUCCUCGUCUGGGGCCCACCCAGCGUCCGGCUCGGCUUCAUUGGCGCACCCAUCGCGUCGGUCGUCUCCACGUGGCUCAUGGCCCUCCUCUGCCUGCUCCAGUGCUACGUCGCCCCGCGCAUCGCCUGGGCCGGCUGGUCGCGCCGCGCAUUCAGCGGCCUCUCGCCUCUGGUCAACCUCGGCCUCGCUGGCACGCUCGCCAUCUGCUCCGAGUGGUGGUCGUGGGAGAUCGUCGGCCUCGUCACGACACGCCUUGGCACCGUCGCCCUCGCCGCCCAGUCGGUCCUCCUCGUCAGCUCCAGCAUCACCUACCAGCUGCCCUUUGCCCUCUCCGUCGCCGCUGCCGUGCGCGUCGGCAACCACCUGGGCGCCGGCCAGGCCCACGCCGCCAACGUCGCUUCGAACAUGUCGAUGCUCCUCUCGCUCGCCUGCGGCGCCUUCAACUCGGCCCUCUUUCUCGCCUUUCGCAACCAGUGGGGCUACUGGUUCACCGAGGACCGUGCCGUGAUUGACCUCGUGUAUGCGAUCCUGCCCCUCCUCGCCCUCUUCCAGGUCGCCGACGGCAUCUGCGGCGUCGCCGGUGGUGUGCUCCGGGGCACCGGCCGCCAGGCCCAGGGUGCCGUCGCCAACCUGGUCGGCUACUACCUCAUCGGGAUCCCCCUCGGCUUCUUUCUCACCUUUGGGCCCUGGCAGUGGGGCCUCGCGGGGCUCUGGAUCGGCCUCACCGUCGCCCUCCUCUUUGCCUCGCUCGCCAUGGGCCUCGUCCUCGGCUGCACCGACUGGCGCUACGAGGUCCACAAGACAUUUGUCCGCAUGGGCGUCGACGACGAUGGCCCCACGCCCAAGCCGGCCAGCAACCACGCACCUGCUGCUGCCCCUGCUGAGCCAUGA